AUGUUUUCCCGCCAUCUGCUGCUCCUUAUCGUGGCUUGUGUGUGGGCCUCAGAUCCAGUCAUCAAAUCUCCCGCUGGAACUUUCCUCGGCUCCACACUAACUGCCAAGAAUGGCCAGGUCUACAACGCAUUUCGUGGGAUACCUUUCGCCAAACCACCGGUCAAAGAUCUUAGAUUUCAACCUCCAGUUGCCAUAGAUGAUAUUG